AAUACAAUUAUUUCAACAACUAACCUAGUGGUAAACCAAACUGAAACAUCCUUACAAAUUCCAUCUAAUGAACAUGCAAUUCGUCCUCAAAGUUCUAGAUUUGUGAAUAAUCCCAUUACUCAAUAUUUAUCUAAGCCUAUUGGUGCAUCACGCCGUAAAAUUAUAGAUCAACAAGUUCUGAAAAUGAUAGUGAAAGAAUAUUAUCCCUUCAGUAUUGUUGAAGAUAGAGAGUUUGUAAAACUUUUAAAUUUGUUAAAUCCCGGUUAUACACUUCCAUCGAGAAAAACAUUGUCGAAAUCAUUAUUACCUAUAAUGUAUAAUGAAAUACAUGAUAAAGUGAAACAAGACAUAAAAGACCAGGCAAAAUAUGUAAGCAUUACCACCGAUAGUUGGACUUCUAUUAAAAAUGAAAAUUAUAUUGCUGUCACAUGCCAUUUUAUUAAUAAUGAAUGUGAAUUAAAAUCCUAUCUUCUUUCUUGUUUCAAAAAUUCUGAAUCACACUCUUCAGAAAAUUUUAAAAAUGAUUUAUUGGCAGUCAUAAAGAAAUGGGGCUUGGAAAAUAACAUUGCAGCAUGUACAACUGACAAUGCAUAUAAUAUUGUUAAUGCUUCAAUAUCUGAAACAAGAGAUAAAGUAAGAGGAAUUGUUGGACAUUUUAAGAGAAGUCCACAGGCAGCUGAAAAACUUCAAGCUAUGCAAGAGCAAUUGGGCUUAACACCACCUCUAAUGCUCAUCCAGGACGUCGUUACACGUUGGAACUCAAC